AUGGGCUUCGACUACGCGCUCGUUCAUCUCAAGUACACGAUCCCCCCGGCCGUGUUGCUCACCUGGCUCUACCGCCCUUUCUUUACUAAACUCGACGUGUACAAGGUCGUCUAUCUGGUAGUGGUUGCCGUUGUCUCGACUAUACCAUGGGAUUCCUACCUUAUCCGCACCGGCAUCUGGAGCUACCCCGCCCAUGUCAUUAUUGGUCCAAAGCUGCUUGACAUUCCGUUGGAAGAGGUCUUCUUCUUUGUCGUCCAGACAUACAAUACAUCAGUCCUGUACCUCCUCCUCAGUAGGCCCACCUUUCAGCCUGUCUAUCUAAGUCCGGAACGCGGCGCGUCCAAUAGCCGAUGGGCAUACACGAAACGUACUGGCCAAAUCUUCUUUCUGGGUGUCAUCGCAUGGGGAUGGCGUUGCAUCCAGGAUGACAGCAAGGGUACAUAUACCGGUCUCAUUCUGAUAUGGGCCGGUCCCUUCCUGCUGAUGCUCUGGAGUCUCGCCUAUCAGUUCAUUCUGGCCCUUCCUCUGACCAACACCGCGAUACCCAUCAUCCUUCCUACGCUCUACCUCUGGAUUGUCGACACCCUAGCCCUGCGCAGAGGAACAUGGGUAAUCAACACAGGUACAAAAUAUGGUGUGCACUUGUGGGACGGUCUCGAGGUUGAGGAAGCCCUCUUCUUCCUCGUCACCAACUGCCUCAUAGUGUUUGGUCAAUUAGCAUUUGACAAUGCCCUUGCAGUGCUGUACACGUUCCCGGCCAUGUUUGCGAAGCCCUCCCUGCUUCCAUCACCCAAAACGCUGAUGGGCGCUCUACUCACUCCAUGCUCCAAGUACGAUGAUGCCCGCCUAAUAGGCCUUAGCGAGGCUGUGCAACGUCUCAAGCGUAAAAGCCGUAGUUUCUACCUGGCCUCCGCAACCUUCCCCGGACCUUUACGGGCAGACCUGCUGCUGCUCUACUCCUUCUGCCGCGUUGCUGACGAUCUGGUGGAUAAUGCUUCCUCCGCUGAUGAAGCCAAGGCCUGGAUAGCGAAAUUGCGCAAGUUCCUAAACAAUACGUAUAGCGAUUCUGCAUCCAAGUCUACAGUACAUGACCAAGUUCGCGAGGACUUUCCUGCUGCUACUCAAUCUGCGCUCCUCCAGCUUCCAGCCGUUAAACUCUCGCAUCAACCACUGGAGGAUCUUCUACGCGGCUUCGAGAUGGAUCUUGCUUUCGAUAAGGGACCCUUGAUCAAGACCACGGAGGAUUUGCGCUUGUAUUCAGAGCGCGUAGCGGGCACUGUAGCUCAGAUGUGUAUUCAACUCAUCUUCAGCUGGUAUCCCAGCGCCUUGCCCACCGAAGAACAGCGUGCCAUAGUCACUGCUGGAAACAGCAUGGGUGUCGCCUUGCAAUACGUCAACAUUGCACGAGAUAUACAAGUAGACGCUAAGAUAGGUCGUGUUUAUCUUCCUUUGGAAUGGCUGUCUGAAGUUGGAUUGAGUUACGAUGAGGUGUUGAAGAAACCGGACCACGCACAGAUCGAGACGCUACGUAAGCGUCUUCUUAAGGACGCGUUUUCUUUGUAUGAGAAGACCAAGGUCGCAAUCGAGCAAUUGCCAGUUGAAGCGAGAGGGCCAAUUCGGGUCGCGGUCGAGAGCUACAUGGAGAUUGGGAGAGUGUUGAAACAGGACAAUUUUAAGGUCAAGGCCGGUCGCGCUACCGUGCCUAAGCCUAGGAGGAUAAUGGUCGCUUGGAGAACACUUAAUCGUUAA